AUGCACUACUCCGGCCUUUCCCUAGAAGCACAAGAAGAAAUAGACAUUCAAGUCGUAAUCGACUUCGAAGAAGCACUUGCCACCAACGACAUCAGGGGCAAAACCAAGCCCUCGGGCUGGAGGAUGGAAAAGCUCGUUCUCGAAUGCUUCGUCGGCAGUAUAAAGAGUGAGAUGCAACUGUAUCUCCACGACGUCCAGGCCAACUGGAAGCCUGGACUAAAAUACAUUGAUCUCGGUGGUGACUCUGACACAGACUACAUAUCUGACUGUUCAGACAGCCGAGGCACUAUUCGUAGUAGUCACCGUCGCCGGGCGCAGAUGAAUUGA